CUUUGACUUGAUUGUAGGAUUGAUGGACUUGAGCCUUUAUUGCGGCGCAGGUCUGUUUGUUUGUUUUGCACCGUGCUUAUCUCCGAAGCUGUGCGGAUUUGAUCUCCAACCUUCACCUUUCAACUCUCCAUCUUUCACCUUUGUCUACCGUCGCAUUGGUAUAUACACCCCCUUUACUCUUUAUCUUCUCUUUGUCGCCUCUCAACCAAAGGCACCGUGUCUACACCUCGGCCUCAAAAUAGAGCGACCACCAAACACCGUCGCAAACGAAGCUUCUUUGUCUCGCGAUCACCCAUAUCUACCUCCAUCUCGCACCUCAACCCACCAUCCGAAUCACUCUUAAACCCCUCGAGCCCUCAAACAAUCCCUCCCACAAGACAUUGACUCUACUCUCAUCCAACAAGCAAAACCAAAAACAAAAGCCAUGGAACACCUCCCAGAACCCCUCCAAACAAUCCUCACAAACGCAACAUACACCUACCUCCGCUCAACCGCCCACUCCCAAAUAAGCACUCACCUAUCCACGCUUCGCACAACCGUCAUAACGCCCUACGUCCUCACGCCGCUCUCGCACCUGCUCGCCACAACGCUCGACAUGCCGGAUCUUAUGAGCGUGCUGUUUCUGGCGGGCCUGCUGGUCGUCUCGCUGAUUAUUCUGGAUUAUAUGCGCCGGUUUGUGGUGUGGUGGGUCAUGUGGUGGGUGAGGUUUAUUGUGCGGGUGGUAUUUUGGGGGAGUGUUGUGGUGGUCGGGGUUUAUGUUUGGAAUGUUGGGGGGGAACAGGCGUUUAAGGAUGCGGGGAGGAUUUGGGGGUUUGUUAUGGGGUUUUUUGAGGAGGGGAUGGCGGGUUUGGAGGGGGCGGUAGUAAAGGGAGGGGGAGUUCGAGUGCUUGGUGGUAAGAUGGAGGGAAGAAGAAAGAGAAACUGGUUCUGUUUUUUGGAGAUUAUUUGA